CUGAUCUUAUAUGCUUUCAUCCUGUAUUUUUAUCUCAAGAAAAUAAACCUCAAAUUUGUGUUGAACUUCAAUUAGCUGUAUUUCUUUGUCGACUUGGUUCUACUGGAAGUUUGUUUAAAUGGCCUAUUUUGGAAGAACGUAAAAAAGUUCAUAAAGGGUUUGAAGAUUUAGGAGGGUUAAAAAAUAUAAUUGGAACAGUUAAUAGAACACAUAUUCUUAUGAAAAAUGCUUCAAACAAAGAUCCAGAAAUUUAUUUUACUCGAAAAAAAAGUUAUACUAUUCAUUAUCAAGGUAUUGUAAAUGACAGAGGGAUUUUUACUAGUUUUGAUGUAGAUUGGCCUGCUUUAGUACAUAAUGCUCGAGUUUUUAGAAAUUCUUCUUUUUAUAAAGAUUAUUCUAAUUUUAUUUAA